AUGGAUGUUGCCAAUCAGACUAUUGUGUCUGAGCUGGUUCUUCUGGGUCUCACCAAUUGUAAGCAACUGCAGAUGCCUCUCUUUGCACUGUUCUUUCUUGUGUACCUUCUAACAGUACUUGGCAAUGUUGGCAUGGCGCUUAUAAUCUGGAUAUCUCCUCAACUUCACAGUUCAAUGUACUUCUUUCUUUUCAAUCUUUCUUUCGUGGAUGCCUGCUUUUCUACCACCAUUAGCCCUAGAAUGCUGUUCAACUUCUUCCUGGAGACUGCAAGAAUUUCUGUAAUAGAAUGUGCCUUUCAGAUGUAUUUUGCGGUCUCUUUUGGUAGCACCGAAUGCUUUCUUCUUGCUUUCAUGGCAUAUGACAGAUACAUUGCCAUCUGCAGUCCAUUGUACUACUCUGUCAUUAUGACAAAGUACCAUUGUCUUCAACUAAUGGCAAUAUCAUAUGUCUGUGGCUUCCUUCACUCCAUUAUUCAUACUGCUGCAACUUUUAAGCAUUCUCUGUGCUGGACAGAUAUUCACCAUUUUUUCUGUGACAUUCAGCCCCUAUUGAAACUUUCUUGCCAGAAAACCAUCACUAAUGAGAUUCUUCUUGUGAUCUUCAGUGGUUCAAUAACAAUGUUAUGCCUUCUUGGAACUGUUCUAUCUUAUUUUUGGAUCUUGAAUGCCAUCUAUAAAAUGUAUUCUUCGGGUGUAAGGUACAAAACCUUCUCAACAUGCUCUUCCCAUCUGGUGUCUGUCUUCUUGUUUUUUGGCAGUGUUCUUUUUAUGUAUUUAAGACCAAAUUCCAGUUAUAAAGAUGAGGAUCUGUCAGCUUCUGUGUUUUAUUCUCUUGUAAUACCCAUGUUAAAUCCAAUGAUUUAUAGUCUAAGAAAUAGAGACGUUAGACUGGUCCUUUGGAAAAUAUUCUCAAUGAAUGAACAUAUUAAUCUGGGGCUGCAUUAA